CAAUCUUCCUCAGAUCAAUGGAAAUGAUGCAGCGAGGAUGAUCCGGACGACGAGGAAUACGAAUGCGAACACGCCUUUGGUUGCGGUGACGUCGUAUAUAAACGAUAUCACCGAUUCUUCGCUCUUCGACGCACAGUUGGAAAAGCCACCGACCAAGCAGCACAUCAUCGAGACUUUGGAGAAGUUGUGUGCUUGGCGGACACCGCCGAUCGCAAUCAUGGAAGCGGAAAACUCGAGCAGAUACGCUGCUCCGGCCAGUCCGAGAACACCAUGGUUAAGCAAAGUCAUUGAGGGAACAGAAAAUGUACAGAAUCUCGUGGAUAAGGCUGCGGAAGCCCCGAGCAGAGCAGUGGGUAUCAAUGGGAAGGCAAAGGCGGCGGAUAUGGGACCUGGAGUUAUCAAGGAAUAGGGUACCGGUGAAAUCUUUUUCUCGGCAUUGUUUGUUGUUUGUAUGGUU